AUAAACCGCAUUCUAACCUCCUCUCUCUAAAAAUACAGUAAUGGAUGUUCCAUUCGAAACAUUUAUUUCCGAAUACAUGCGGAGCACAGAGGAUCCUGACUCCAUUGCUAUUAAGCUUUCUAUCUUUAUCUGCUCUUCUGACAUUGAUCUCCGUGAAAAGUGUGCCGUCUUCCUAAGGAAGUUGCUUACUUCUGAUAAUGACUUCUUCACUUGGUGGAAUCUAAGUGAGUCAACUCAAUCCACCAUCAAAGCUAUUCUCCUUGAGCGUAUCUCUAUUGAAGAAUCUGAAUCCAUCCUCAAACACCUCGGCGACACUGUUUCAGAUCUAGCGGCCUCACUCCUCCCACGUAACAACUGGCCUGAACUAUUGCCAUUCUUGUACCAAUGUCUUGUUUCAUCUUCGUACAAGUUAAUAGAGUCAGCUUCCUCUAUUUUUGAGCAACUAGCUCACGACCUAGGCGAUACAGUAGUCCCUUGGGUAAAACAUGUGCACUCACGAUUACUUAAAACACUAAAUGAUGAUACCCUCGAUCUUGAUUAUAGGAUUGCGGGCAUGACUGCUGCGAUCGCCUUCAUUCAAUUUCAAUGCGUAUCAAAUUCAAAUCAAAAGGAGCGGUUUCAGGAGCUAUUGCCAGCUCUACUAAGGAGGUUGACUGAUACAUUGAGCAACAGUGAUGAGGAGGUCGCAGCACACGACGUGCUGAUACUUUUCAUGGAGUUUGCGAAGAAUGAGCCUAGGUUCUUGAGGAGGCAGCUAACGGAUGUGGUGUCUACCAUGUUCGAGGUAGCAGAGGAUGAGAGUUUGAAAGAGGCGACGAGGCACUUGGCAAUUGAAUUUUUGUUAACUCUGGUUGAGACGAGAAAGAGGGCCCCAGGUAUGAUGAAGAGGCAGCCCCAUUUUAUUAGCAGAUGUUUUGCAUUGUUAUUGAAGUUAUUACUAGAUGUUAAGGAUGACCCUGCUUGGCAUAGUGUCGAGAUCAUGAAAGAUGAUACAGGGGAAACAAGUAACUUCAGUUUUGGUAAAGAGUGUUUAGAUCGGUUUUCUCGUGCAUUAGGAGGUAAAUCUAUUGCUCAUAUUGCCAUAGAGCAGCUAUGCACUUACUUGGAUGCCUCAGAGUGGGAGAAGCGCCAUGCAGCUAUCUUUGCACUUCAUUUCAUUGCUAAAGGUUGCUCAAAGGUGAUGAUUAAGAAUCUGGAGCAAGUGGUUGAUAUGGUUCUUAAUUGUUUCGAAGAUCCUCAUCCUCGAGUCAGAUGGGCUGCUUGUAGGGCAAUUUCCUCAUUGUUGAUUGACUUCCGUCCAGUUACGCAAGAUCGAUAUCAUAACCAAAUAAUCCCUGCAUUAACUGCAGCUAUGGAUGAUGUUCAUCCACAAGUGCAGGCAUCCUCCACUAGAGCUCUCUGCUUCUUCUGUGUGUUCGGCAAGCCAGAAACUUCGAUAUCUUACCUAGAAGGAAUAGUUAGCAAACUGCUUGUAUUUCUACAGAAUGACAAACCAAUAGUCCAACAACAAGCAUUAACUGCAUUAGCUAGUGUAUCUCGUUCGGUUAAGGAGCACUUCGGAACCUACUAUGACACUGUUAUGUCACACUUGAAAACUGUCCUGAGGAACACAGAUCUGAAAUCUAAUCUCAUUCUUCGACUCGCAAUAGAGUGCAUAAGCUCUGUUGCGAUGGCUGUUGGCAAAGAGAAAUUUAGGGGCGACGAAAAGCAGGUUAUGGAAGUGCUUAUGUCAUUACAAGGAUUACAAGCGAAAGGGGACGGUCCUCUUAUUAUUGGCUUGCUAACAGCAUAUACUGGAAUUUGUCAUUGCCUUGGACAGGAUUUUCUUCCUUAUAUGAGUGCAGUCAUGCCCUUUUUUAUUCAAUGUGCUCAACUUGAACCUGCUAUGACCAUCUCUACGCAGUUGGACUAUGGAACUAAUGAAUUAGAUGACAAUAGUAUAGAGAAAGUUCUACGGGUGAAAGCUAAAAGUUGUGCUAUGCUAUGCUUUUGUGCUGGAAUAUUAAAGGAAGACUUCUAUCCAUGGAUUCCUCAGGUUGUUUCAAUUUUUGUUCCGCUUCUGAAAUUCUAUACCCGCAAUGGUGUCAGGAUAUAUGCUGUUAGUGUCAUGUCCCUCCUGUUGAGUUCUGCUAAGCUAGCUGUUGAGAAAGGGAUUGCUCAAGGUGGAAGUGAGUCAUAUUUCACAAAGUUGUCAGACUAUAUAGUACUGGCUUUGGUAGAGUCUUUGCAUAAGGAGCCUAUGACAGAAAUAUGUGGACUCAUGUUGUAUGAAUUGAAUAAUUGCCUGCAGAUAUGUGGACCACUUCUCACUGAAAGUCAGGUUCGUAGCAUCGUCAAUGAGAUAAAGCAUGUCAUUACAGAAAGUUCAAGCAGAAAAAAUGAACUGAGUGAGAGAGAGAAAACAGAAGACUUUGAUGCUGAGGAAGCUGAAUUAUUGAGUGCGGAAAGAAAACAAGAAGAAAGAGUUCUCAGCUAUGUUGGUGAAAUAUUGCGCACAUUGAUCAAAGCUUUCAAGACUUCUUUCUUGCCUUUCCUUGACGAGUUGUCGCCAUAUUUAUUACCUAUGUGGGCCAGGGAGAAUACAACUAAUGAGAGAUGUACAUCUAUUCUCAUCUUUGAUUCUCUUGUGAAGGAGUGCCCUGAAGCAGCUCUAAAGUACUAUGAUGUAUGUCUUCCUUUAGUUUUGGAAACAAGCAAUGACGAACACCCAAAUGUUAGACAGAAUGCUCUUUAUGGACUUGGCCUUUGGGCGGAAUAUGGUCAGUCUUUUUUCAAACCUUUUGUUGGAGAGGCUCUUUCAAGGAUCUAUGUUGUCCUUACGCAUUUAAAAGCUCGUGAACUUGAAAAUGAAAGUGCAUAUGAUAAUGCUGUUUCUGCACUUGGUAAGAUAUAUCAGUUUCAUGGUGAAAGUAUCGACUUAGCCCAGGUUAUUCCAUCUUGGUUGAAUUGCCUGCCUAUAAAAGCUGAUUUGGUUGAAGCCAAACUUGUUCAUGAACAGUUAUGUUCAAUGGUCGAAAGGUCAGACAAAGAACUUCUAGGUCCCAACUAUCAAUACCUUCCAAAAGUUGUUUCAGUUUUUGCAGAGGUUCUAUGUUCUGAAAAGCAUCUUGCAACAAAAGAAACUGCAGAUCGCAUGAUUAAUGUAUUAAGGCAUUUUCAGCAAACACUACCACCAUCCACCAUGGAAUCAACAUGGUCAUAUCUUUUGCCUCAACAGGAGAUGAAAUUGAAAUCCAUUCUAUCAGUUGAAGAAAGUGACCUUAAGGCCAUCGUCAACGGAUACCAUCAUGGCAAGAGAUCCCCUCAAAACCAUCAGCUUUCUACGAAUAUUAGUACGAUAAAAUCCACCAUCAUGAGGGACAUCCAAAAGUUUGAAUUCAUCCUUAAUCAAAUCGAAACAAAUAAUGAAUUCCAUAUUUGAAGUAGCAAGCCAAUAUACUAAAUCAUUUAGAGAAAUCUCAGGUCCGUAUGCAACCGUUUGGCAAAGAAGCAUGAAUGGUACCGUUUUCCACGAACCUGAACUGAGAGUAGUGUAAACCCAAGCCAAAUAUGCUCCUUCAUCUUUACUCCAAAUGGGCUCAAAAGGGACUUUCAAAAGUUUAUAGUCAUUGCUUUCUUGAACAUAACCAAGUCUCAUAUUAGUUAAUCUCGUACACUCAGAUGGUACAUUAAUGCACUUAUAUUUCUUAGUAGCAGGAUUACACAGGAUGACUUCUGUUAAACCAUAAUAAGAAAAUUCAAACUUCGCAAAGUGUUCAGUCUCAAUAGUAAAAGGUGAAGGCAAUUUUAAUAAACCGUCACUAUUUUUAAGAUGGAGCAAAGAAAGAUCUGGUAAUGCAAGAUUAUCACGAUUCUGAAGAAUUAAGUGUAGGAGCAGAACGAGAACUUUGAUGGUUGAGGUGAAGUUUAAUGAAAGUAGCUAGGGCUUUUGAGGAAACUGUACCAUGAUUUGGAUACAGACCUAAAGCGAGCAGUACAUUCACAGGAAGCCUUACGAGUAUCUGUACCAUUGUAUCUUUCGGCAAACUGGAGGCCAGUGAUUCUUCAUCGUAGUUGCUUUGAUCAACCAUGGAAGCUGCAUCCAAUAUGAAAGUGAAUCCUGAAAUAGGAGCAGUCAAACAAAGCUAGUAUAGGUUUAUUAAAUGGGAAUUUUGACCGAUCAAACUAGAUUAAAUUCCUGACACCAAGUAGUCAUUUUAAGCAUGCAUGUUGUUUAAAAUAUAUUCACCGUUUACGGUACAUUUAAAGAUUAGUCAAUUCGCUCAAAUUUCAGGACAUAACGUCCUAAAGUUUAAACCUCAGAGUUCAAACUUCAGGACAUCGUGUCCUAAAGUUCAAAAAUUACGCCUAGAGGUUGAAUCUUAUGUCCUGAAUUUUAUAUUAGGAGUUCAGAAAUUUAGAAUAUAUAGUC